GUAUAUGUGACAUAGUGCAAGAUCGUGUCUACUUAUACACAAGCUCCCGCGAUAUUCUUUUCUCCCAACCUAGCUCUGAUCAUUACAUAUCAUUAUUUUGUUUUUCGAUUCUUCUACGGCCAGCUGCUGCGUAGCUCAUUCCAGUCAAUCAUGUUCAUCUUCUUUCUUCUUUUUCUUUCUUCUCUCCCUCUAGGUUUUCUUCUCUUCUCCGCAUUCCUCUCGCUCAUCCGACAACGUCGUCUAUAUGCUCAUUUUAUAGGGCGUUUCAAGAGAUUAGUACUAUAUCCCUCAUCAUCAUCUCACCCCGGGCCUCCUUCGUAUCCCGUAAUAGGAUGCCUCAUCUCCUUCUACCAAAACCGGGGCUGCCUGCUCGACUGGUACACCGAUCUUCUCUCUGAAUCCGCGACGAACACCAUAGUGAUUCGCCGCCUAGGAGCUCGCCGAACUAUAGUGACCGCGAACCCAGAGAACAUCGAGCACUUGCUUAAGACGAACUUUGCGAAUUACCCUAAAGGCAAGCCCUUCACCGAUAUCCUCGGGGACUUUCUUGGACGCGGAAUAUUCAACGCAGAUGGAGAUCUAUGGCACGCGCAGCGUAAGGUAGCGAGCCACGAGUUCAGCACCAAGUCCUUGAGAGAGUUCGUGGUGCGGACCUUGGAAUCGGAGUUCAAAAACCGGCUCUUACCUCUUCUCGAAGAGUCGGCUGAGAGCAGGAGAAUCUUGGACCUGCAAGAUAUACUCGGCAGGUUCGCAUUUGAUACGGUGUGCCAAAUAUCACUGGGCACCGACCCGCACUGUUUGGACCUUUCUCGACCGGUGCCUCCCCUGGUCAUGGCUUUCAAUCACGCAUCGAAAAUAUGUGCUAUGCGGGGAAUGGCUCCGGUGUUUCUCGUGUGGCAGAUCAAGUGUGCACUCAACAUCGGGUCCGAGAGAGAGCUUGCUGAAGCAGUCAGAGUCGUGCACACUGCUGUCUCGGAGAUUAUUCGCAGCAAAAGGAUAUCACUUGAACAAGAUCGAGAGAAAAGUAGUCAAUCGUCACGCGAUGGUGAUCUCUUGACGCGGCUUCUAGUGGCAGGGCAUGACCAAGAGAUGGUGAGGGACAUGGUGAUAAGCUUCAUAAUGGCAGGGAGGGACACCACGUCCUCGGCGAUGACAUGGCUCUUCUGGCUCCUGGCGGAUCAUCCUCGUGUCGAGAAAAUGAUCUCGAGUGAAUUAAGCUCACUCCUAGAUAUAAAAAAGGGUGGAAGGGCAACCUUAGAUUUUGAAGUUCUGAAGGAGAUGAAAUUUCUUAAGGCGUGCUUGUGCGAGUCCAUGAGGCUGUACCCACCCGUGGCUUGGGACUCGAAACAUGCCGCUGCCGGAGAUGUCCUGCCGGAUGGAACUUCAGUGAGGAAGGGCGACCGGGUCACUUACUUCCCGUAUGGGAUGGGGAGGAUGAAGAAUCUGUGGGGAGAGGACCGACUGGAGUUCAAACCAGAACGGUGGUUCGAUGGGCUGAAAAUGAACGAGAUGAAGGCGGUGAGCCCGUUCAGGUAUCCAGUCUUCCAGGCGGGUCCGAGGGUCUGCCUUGGAAAGGAGAUGGCAUUUAUACAGAUGAAGUACGUCGUGGCGUCAAUCCUGAGCCGAUUCGAUAUCAGACCAGUCGACAGUGAAAAUCGACCGGUUUUCGUUCCACUCUUAACGGCUCACAUGGCCGGUGGCUUGAGGGUUAUGGUUAGGAGAAGGAUUGACCAUGUCGCAUAGACGAUGGCAGUCGUGUGUGUCGUCCUCGUUUUUGAACUUAUUAUAUAUAGCUUAAUUAGUUCAGUUCAGUUCAGAUACGCCAUAUAUAUCCUGUUUGAGAUCAAAUGCUUACUGGUUAACUAUUGAAUGAAGGCUUAAUAUCAAAGUUAUUAAUA